AUGGAUGAAAUUGCAUUUUACUGUUGCAGUGGUGAUGCUACUGAUAAGCAUGAUGCGAAUUCGUUUGCAUAUCUUUCUUCCUUGCAUUCUUCUAAACAAUACUUGCAGUAUAGACAGUGCUACAGUGGAAGAAAUGGCUCGGUUUUGACUGGUAUAGGUCAAGAAACGAAGCUUAUUUCGGCGUGCAAUGAUCGUGCCAUAAUACAAGUUUAUCUUUAUGGAAAAGAGAGCCCUGAACAGAAAAUCCCUAUUCCAGAGCCGUUGAGCUGUUUGGAAAUAUGCGACGAUUGGUUACUAGUAGGAGGAGGGCAGUCCGGUAGAAUUUAUGUUUGGGAACUUGAUUCUGGACUUCUAUUGGCUGUUAAGGAAUGCCAUUAUCAGGCUGUAAAUGUUAUCAGGUAUAAUAAGGGAUUUUUGGUAAGUGGAGGUGCUGAUUCUAGAGUGGUCAUUUGGAGAAUCCUCGAUUUGGCUAAUGACAGCAUCAAUCCAGCCAAGCCGUAUUCAAUCUUGACAGAUAACACUCUUCCUGUCACAGAUUUGGUGAUCACUAAUGGCCUUGUCUCUGACUUGAAAGUGUAUACAGCUUCCAGAGAUUGCACUGUGAGAUGCUAUAGUAUAGCGUCCAAGAGAUUGAUUACUACUUUCGUUCUACCUACCAAGGUAGAGUCUUUGGCUGCUGAUCCAGCAUAUAGAGCCCUAUAUGCUGGCCAGGAUGAUGGCUUCAUAAGAAUGAUUCCUUUAUAUCGAGGCAAUGUCAAAACACAUGUGCUUGAAGCUGUGGGAGGAAUGGGCAGUAUAGUAACGUUGAAGCCAGACUUAGAUUUACAAGAGACUUUCGUUUGCCAUAAAGAUGAUGGAAAUGGUCAAACUAUUGUUACGAAAUUGCAGGUGACGCUUGAUGGUACGUAUUUGGUGUCUGGAGACUCUAAAGGUAACGUAUUUGUGGUUGAUAUAGCGACAAAACAGAUUCAGCGCAAGUUCAAACCUCUUGCAGGAGCCGUGUCUCAGAUUCUACUUGCCUACACCAAGGCCGAUAACAAGCAGCUUGACAGACAUUACAAUGAUAAGAAUAUGGUAAGGGUGAUUCCUACGUUGAAGAGAGUUGUUGUUGAUGCCAAUGCCAUUGAGAAGCAUGAGAUUCAGAAAAAGUUGGGCGAACUCCAGCCUCCCUACUUUGGAGAACAGAAGUUUGAUAUGAACAGAUUCCUUGAGGAUGUUAAAACGCAGCAGAUGUGGUUUACUAAUCUCAGUGAUAUCGAUUCUACAGUGAUUAGACAAGGUAGCGAAAAUCUUUUCGCAAAUGGGAAAGCAGCAGGAGAGUUGACGGUGUUGAAGACUCAAUUGGAACAGAAGAAUGCUGCCUACACCACGCUAAAAGAGAAAUAUGAACAGUUAUAUAAAGAGCACAUCAAUGGGCUGUAA